UCACAUCAACAUGACGCGAAAUUUAAAAUUUCCUGAUACGCUGUUUGACUAUCGCAGUGCAUUAGAAGAUAUAAAUAUAUUGACAUAAUGCAUUAUGUUGUAUUUAAUUGACGUUUGAAUAACGGACACUGAAUUAUAUACGUACUAAUAGAGCUUAUUUAAAAAAAAUUACGAAAAAAUGAAUCGUGUUGUUGUUUAUACUACAAUGUCAAUAUUAGCACAACAUAUUAAAAAAAUUAUGCCAGAGCUAGAAUUUAUAAAUAUUAAUCCAGAUAACAGUGUCGAGUCAUUGGAACUGGAUAAUGUUGAGAUAAUGAUAGCAGAUUGUCGAUAUUUAUCGAAAAUAAAAAAUAAAUUAAACAAUAUAAAAUGGAUACAGUCAAUAUCAGCAGGGGUUGAACAAUUAAUUGAAUUACGUGACGAUAAAAAUAUUAAUUUUGUGAUCACUAGGUUUGUUGAUGAUGUUUACGGUUUAGAUAUGGCUGAAUAUAUUGUUAUGCAAAUUGUUGCACAUGAGAGGCGACAAAAAGAAGAAUAUGAAGCGUUAAAAAGUGCUGUUUGGCCCAAUAAUUCGAUGUUCGUUGCUCGCCGAUUAAUUUCGCAAAUGAAUAUUGGGAUUAUGGGUGUUGGCAACAUUGGAAAAGUUGUUGCAAGAACAUUAAAAAAUUUCGGUGCAAAAAUUUGGGGUUUGAAACGUACAGUUCCUACGAUAAAAGAGCCUUACAUUGAUGAAUACCGAACGACAAAUUUGUUACCAGAAUUUUUAUCCAACUGUGACUAUAUUAUAAACAUCAUGCCAGCAACUCCAGAAACUGAUGGAUUCUUAAACGGCGAUGUUUUAAAAAAUUGUAAAGAAAAUAAUGCAAUUUUUAUUAACGUUGGUAGGGGAAAUAUAAUUAACGAAAAUGACUUGGUUAAUGCUCUUGAAAAUAAAUGGAUAGCAGCAGCUAUUUUAGAUGUUUUUGAAGUUGAACCUUUACCGCCGACAAGUAAACUCUGGACAAUGCCUCAAGUGACAAUAACACCCCAUAAUGCGUGCACAGUAAGACCAGAGGGUAUAGCAAAAUUGUUUAAAAGUAAUUAUGAGAAAUAUAUCAAAGGUGAACCAUUACCAAAUAUUUUAGAUUUUCAACGCGGGUAUUGAUAAAUGCUGCCGAAUCUUUUUUACAUCGAGUUUAGUGGCUAUAAGAAGUUUGUUAUAAAUUAUUUCAACAAAAAGCUAUACUUGGAAAAAAUUAUU